AUGAUGAAUAAAAGAAAUGGUUCAACGUCAUCCUAAACUUCUUAACUACACUAGCUAUCAAAUGUAUUUGAGAUUAUAGCAAAAUACAGUAUUUUAUGUUCAGAAGAUAAGUAUUAAUUAAUUAAAUUGCAAGGUAUAUAUAAAAAAAAAACAUUGCACAAUUAAGUAAAUAUGAAAAACCCCGUUAAAGAAGAUCACAAUCCUUAUUAUAAUAAGUAUUGGAAAAAAAGAGUGAACUAUAAUCAAAUUUAUAAAAAAGAAAAUGCUUUAUGUAAAAAAGAAAAUAUAUUGUCUGA